AUGGCUAUGCGCAUUCGCAGUCUACCACACGUUGCUAGUUUAAGCAUCAUGUUGCUUAUGUCUUUUAUCAGCACAGUUCAUGGCCGAAUUCUAAUAAUCAAUUCCUCCGAUGAUUUAAUCUCAGAUGGAAUUGAUCGUGUUGAUGAUCAAUCUGUAGCUCUUACUGCAAAUGAUGUUCUCGUGUCCGCAAGCACUUGCCAUCACACAUAUGGUUUCCUACCAUGUGCAGAAAAUACUGGAGGAUACAUUUACCAAAUACUGGUCUAUCAAGGUCUACUAGUAUUUGGAGAAAUGCAGCUAAGCAUUGGGAGCAAGGUGUUCUUUAAAAUCCUUGAAAAUCGUUUUGGCACAGGCAAAUAUGUUAGUAUCAUUUUCCGAAUCCUCAUGGGGUUACCAGCAAUGAUGAUGAUGAUCAUAUCUGGAGUUUUCGGUAGCAAAGAGACCGCUCGGUCUUUGGUGUCACUUGGAGUGGGCAUCUAUGCUGGAAUUACUGUCUUCACUCUCACGCUGCAGUGGGGUAUAUGUCUGAUUUUUGGAGCGAAAUAUUUGGGACAAAAAUCAAAGUGUAGGCAUUCACGUUGCUUGCCAGUCAAAGAAAAAUUCAAGGAAUUAAAGGAUACCGGUGUUAUACUUCAAAAUGAUACUCGUCGUCUAGCUGGAAUUAUGCUUCUUUCUUUGAUUCCUUAUAUUACUGUGCAACUAGUUGAUAUUUUCAACACAUCCCACAUAGUGCUUUUGAUAGCGUUAAUAGUGUCCGCCGCAUCUUUACUUUUAUAUUUUAUGUUUCAGAUUGUGGAUCGUUGGAUGCAGAUAUUAAGUUCAGAUUACUUGCAGUAUGAGAUUCUAAGAAACGCAUUUUUGCAACAUGUUGAAAGGCGGGGAAAACUUGUUGAUGAUGAUGGGACACCUAACUCUGCUCUCAUCAAAAUUGUAUUUGAUGAGACAGACAGAGAUGGAGACAAAUAUAUAACUAGGCUUGAAUUGGAAAAGUUGUUCAAUAAAAUCUUGCCAGAGAUGUCCGAGGAUGCCAUAAAAAAAGUCGUCGCUGAAACAAUGGAAGUAUUUGAUUCUGACAAUGACAAUAAAAUCAAUGAAUCUGAAUUCGCUGAAGCAUGCGUAAAGUUAGCUGAAGGCACUGAUUUCAUUUCAAGAGAACUUUCAGACAAGGACGGUCAACAGUUUAGUCCGAUUGAGAUUGAUAAAAUAAUGUCGAAAAUUCUAAAGCACGCUGAAAGCCAACUACUUAAAGGAGAAUCGCUUAUCAUGGAAGAUGGAAAACCGAACAUUGAAAGAAUUAACAACAUCUUCAGACAGUACGACACCGACAAUAACAACAAGAUAUCAAGAAAUGAAUUAGGGCAAAUAAUCAGUAAAGUCCAAUUCGGAAACUUGAAGCCGGAGGAUGUGGACCAUGUGGUUAAUAUAUUCUUUUACCAUUUCGAUACAGAUCGUAAUAAUACGAUUGAUAAAGAAGAAUUUGUCCAUGUACUAGAAAGAUGGCUUGAUGAAGCCAGUCUUGUUGCUAAAUGCUCUGAUAAGACUAAAAGUGUGGAUGAAUUUGACAAGAUUGUAUGGGAAAAAGUCGUUCCUGGAUACUCUUUCCUGGAUAUUGUAAAAUGUAUGCUUAAAAUAGUGUUGGGUAUUGUUAUAUUGACCUUUGUUGGAGGACCUCUCACGACUAGCAUCCUACAGUUAUCAUAUGCCAUGAGGGUGCCUUCUUUCUCUAUCUCAUUUGUGAUAGUGCCAUUGGCAAUGAAUACAAGAACCUUAAUACAAGCUAUCUUUCCAGUCAGUAAAAAGACUGAAAGAACGGCAUCUUUAACAUUCUCUGAGAUUUAUAGUGGAGUUGUAAUGAACAACCUCUCGGGUUUGACAACACUGUUAGCAGUUGUAUAUGCGAAGGACUUGCCAUGGGAUUAUUCGGCAGAAGUGCUAACUAUUUUGGUUGUAUGUGCCGUAGUAGGGAUUUUGGGAAUCUCACGUACCAAUUAUCCUUUCUGGACUUGCUUAUUAGCUUUUUUCCUCUAUCCAUUCUCCUUGGCGCUGUAUUGUUUUGUUGUACUUGUUCUUCAUUGGAACUAA